GAACCAACAUGCAGACAUCAAGGAAUGUUUGAUCUUUCUGGGAUUUCUAUGAACGGAGAUGUUGUUCUGACUGGCUUGUUUCCUAUUCAUUUUCAAACAAUCCAACCGAACCUGUCAUUCAAGGUAGAACCAGCUCCACCAGUCUGUAAAGGUUUCAAUUCCAGGUCUUUUCGCUGGAUGCAGACCAUGAUUUUUGCAUUACAAGAAAUAAACAAGGAUCCAGUGCUCCUGCCAAAUAUAACAUUAGGUUAUAACAUUUAUGAUACCUGUACUACACCUUCUCAUUCAUUAAGAGCAGCAUUAACAUUAGCCAGUGGUCCACAUGAAGAUGUCUUCAAAUACAACUGUGUGGGUUCUUCUUCGAUCCCUGUGAUAGUUGGCGAUGCAGGGUCAACACAAUCUUUGGUGGUAGCAAGAACAAUGAUGUCCUUCAAUAUUCCAAUGGUCAGCUACUUCUCAUCUUGCACUUGUCUCAGUAACAGAAAUGAGUUCCCAGCUUUUUUCAGAACAAUGCCAAGUGAUGCCCACCAAGCUCAAGGUGUUGCUCAACUGGUGAAGCGGUUUGGCUGGACUUGGAUUGGUUCGAUCGCAGGUGAUGAUGACUAUGGCCAUAAUGGAAUUCAAGCAUUCAGUGACGCAGUCAGAAAACUUGGCAUUUGCAUUGCUUUUACAGAAGUAAUUCCAAAGGUGUACUCCAGGCAAAGGAUACUUCAAAUAACAGAGACCAUCAAGACAUCUACUGCAAGGGUCAUUGUCAUGUUUGCUCUUGAGGGAGAUGCAUACCCUUUAAUCAGAGAGAUUGUAAGGCAAAAUCUCACUGGUCGACAAUGGAUAGCCAGUGAGGCCUGGGUUACAUCUGCGUUGAUAGCAACAAAAGAAAACAUCCUGACUUUGAGUGGGACAAUAGGGUUAGCAAUUCACAAAGCUGAAAUUCAAGGCCUGAAGAAUUUCCUUCUUCAAGCCCAUCCUUCCAAAUCUCUGAAGAACCCCUUUGUGAGAGAAUUAUGGGAAACAAUCUUCAAUUGUUCUUUUCAGACAACCAUCGAAUACAAAGUGCAACCAGCAUCAAAGGUAUCUUGGAAAAAAUGCACAGGAUCAGAAAAGUUGAACAAUAUUCACAAUAUAUAUUCUGAAGUAUCAGAGUUAAGAAUUUCAUACAAUGUAUACAAAGCAGUAUAUGCAAUAGCUCAUUCCCUUCACAAUUUACAUUCAUGUGAAAAUGGGAAUGGCCCAUUUGGCAAUCAAACUUGUGCUAGUAUCUUCAACUUGAAAUCUUGGCAGCUCUUACAUUACUUGAAAGAAGUAAAAUACACCAGUAAAUUGGGAGAAGAGGUCUAUUUUGAUGAUAAUGGUGACAGUGUUGCAACAUAUGAUAUUGUCAACUGGCAGAAGAAUGAAAACGGCUCGAUCAAAUUUGUGCACGUGGGACAUUUUGAUGCAACUUCAGAUUCAGGCCAUGACCUUGUCCUAAAUGAAAAAAUGAUCAUCUGGACUGGUGGGAAAAUUGAAGCCCCAGAGUCAUUGUGCAGUAAAAGUUGCCCUGCUGGAUCAAGGAAAGCAAUUCGAAAUGGGGAACAGAUCUGCUGCUUUGACUGCCUACCAUGUGCUGAUGGGGAGAUUAGCACUGAAAUAGAUUCACUGAACUGUGUUCCUUGUGCAUUGGAAGACUGGUCCAACCUACAAAAAAAUCAAUGCAUCCCUAAAGAAAUUGAAUUCCUCGCAUUUGAUGAAGCAAUGGGAAUCACAUUGACAACUGUGUCCUUGCUUGGAACAGCCAGCACAAUGUCUGUUGCAGGGGUCCUUUGGUAUUACAGGAAAACGCCAAUUGUUCGAGCCAACAACUCUGAACUCAGUUUCCUUCUCCUCAUCUCAUUGAUGUUCUGUUUCCUGUGCUCGCUGACUUUUAUUGGCCAACCAUCAGUCUGGUCCUGCAUGCUGAGGCACACACUGUUUGGGGUCAGUUUCGUUCUCUGCAUUUCAUGUGUACUGGCCAAAACCCUGGUUGUAUUGAUGGCUUUUCGAGCCACUCUUCCCAACAAUAACAUGAUGAAAUGGUUUGGGACUCUGCAGCAACUCCUCAGCGUCCUGGCCUGCACAGUUGUCCAAGUUGUAAUCUGUGUUGCUUGGCUCCUUGUGUCUUCACCAUUUCCAGUAAAGCAGACUAAAUAUUACAAUAAGAAGAUUAUUUUUGAGUGUGAUUUAGGCUCAGUGAUGGCAUUUUGCUGUGUGCUGGGUUACAUCGGCCUUUUAUCCUGCAUGAGCUUUGUCCUUGCAUUCUUAGCUCGAAAGCUGCCGGAUAACUUCAACGAGGCUAAAUUCAUCACCUUUAGCAUGCUGAUUUUCUGUGCAGUUUGGUUGGCUUUUGUCCCAGCCUACAUCAGUUCUCCUGGAAAAUACGCUGUCACUAUUGAAAUCUUUGCUAUUUUGGCAUCAAGCUUUGGUCUGCUUAUCUGCAUUUUUGCUCCAAAAUGUUACAUAAUCCUGUUAAAACCAGAAAGAAACACGAAGAAAUAUCUUAUGGCUAAAACAUGUCCCAAGAAAUCAACUUAA